AUGCCUCGAGGGAGGAAGGCGAAGAAGACUCCGGCCGCAUCAAAAUCCGAAACGACCUCGAAGAGGGUCAGACCGGUCACUUCUCGGGGAGCUCGCGAAGAGGUUUCCAAAGAUACAGAUACUACGCCAAAUCCCCCCCCGAAACCUGACAUUAGAUCUAGACUGAGGUCUCAUCCGUCCGCCGAUUUGCAAGACAGACCCACUGCUGCAGACCCAGAAGCGUUGCUUCGAAAGGCACGCAAAGAGCGAAGAAAAGCAAAAGCUGCUACGGCUGCUGUAGAGGUUCAGGAAAUCCCUGAAGAACACUACACUAAAGAUCAGAUUGGAGGCCUUGCUCAGAGUAUCGAAGCUGCUCUCACAGGGGUUUCCCGCCGUGUUGACGAGAUCAAUACUGACAACGAGGCCUCUGAGGAGGGGGAAGGUCACGACAUAUCACAGGAUAUAGAAGAGCAGGAGUUCAAUCGCAGCUGGGGGUAUCUACCUCCCUUGGACGACGAAGCGGUAGCGAUAAUAGAAGCUAUUAUUGCAAAUCCAGAGAUGGCAAAAGAUUACUCAAGGAUCACCCCAAAUCACCGGUUCUUUCCUGAGGGCCUCCGGGACAGAAACGUCUUUCUAUCCGAAAGCGGCCAUCCCGACCCCCAUGCUGAUGAAAUUCGACGUCUUAAAUCACCCCUACUUCUCGAGGAGACCAAGAUAGAAAGCAAGUCACAUGGACAGCUCUGGGCCUUAGAUCAAGCGAAAAUUGACCAGGGGUCGAAUGAGGCGCUCUUCCAGAGAACCCUUAUGAUGAACCUGAUAGGACGACACCUUUUCAUCUACAACAGACAAAGUGUGAAGCCAUGUUGUCUCGAUUUUAGCGUUGAAGAGUUAUGGACCUGCCCGCCGAUGCCGACUCGAUCCUACAAUCAAGGCCGCAACUUUCUGACACAACCGAAGCCAGAUCUUGCGGUUUGUUUCCGUAGAGAAGCGGCCAUACCUGACCGGCUGUGGAAUUCUAUUCCAAUGGCAACAAAGAUACUCGCCUGCUAUGAGAGCUUCAACUUGAUAGGUCACGACAGGAUAUUCCAUUUUCUCACCAUUGAAGCUAAGAAGGAGAAGACUUCAACCAAUGACGAUGUGGGAAGACUUCAAAGUCUGAACAACGCAAGUCAAGCGCUCCAUAAUAUGUUCGAAUUCUUUCGAGACGCCGGUCACGAGGAUACCUUCUUUGCUAAGGUGAGAUUCUUCUCGGCAGUAGCUAGUACAGAAGGCGUAUGGAUUCGUAUCCAUCGAGCAACCCGAGAACCCGAAGAUGGGUCUGACCAGGGAUUCAUCUUGCCGAAACGAAAAGAUUACCCGCUCCGGUUUGAAUUUCGAAAUUUCGCGCACGUCAUUAGAGCCGAAUUCGAGCGUGCCACGGUUCUGGAGAUAUUUGAAAAGAUCCUAGUCGGGUAUGGAGUAGGAAUACUCCGUGACCUGAUCUAUAAUGCGGCCAAAGCUAUCGUUGGGAAACUAGAGGGGAAUCCUGAUGCGUAUUUGGCGAGAGGCGAUCCUAAUUUCUAUCGAUAUGGUCAAACCGUUAUUAAGGCAAAGAGCAGGAUCCCGACACCGGUAGCAAGCAGACCGGAAUCGACACGGGGGAUGUCCAUCGACACGACGAUCGGCACCAGGCCAAUGGAAGCAACCAGCCAAGAUUUCUCUCAGACGAACGUCUCCGUUGACAUGAUGCGAAGUGGCACAACAACACCGAUUCAGAGCCCGCUUCCCGUGCCUAAGCAAACAACCAAAGGCAAAGGGAAGAAGCGACCAAAAUCCCCAUCACCGCGUAAGAUGUCGGUUUCCGGACCGGAACAAAAACGAAGAACCGAACGGUCCUUUUCCUCCAGUACUUCAAUUGAGAGCAUCUCUUGA